AGUCACACCCUCCUGACUUUAUGAACAUAGCAGAACAGGUGUUUGUAAUUCAUUAGCUAAACUGAGCUCAGCACAGACGGGAAUUACACCGAGGCUGCUUCCCAACGUGUUUCUUGUCUGUUUCAGUCGCAGCAAGCUGGCCUAGUGCUCCCAGGGGAUCUCCAUUGGCACAAUGACUAGCCGUUCCAGGGACUUCAGCAGACUCAGUAGCCGCUCCCUCACCUCUCCAGGAGCAUCCUACAAUGUGAGGAGAGGGCGUUCCUGCUCCCCUUCCUCAAGGUAUGGGGCCUGCUGCAACCCCACCAGGGGAGAACCCGCCAGAAGGAACUUCAGCUCUUCGAGCUUGACUGGGUAUGGCCACCAUGCUUACCCCAAAGUUACCAUCAACCAGCGACUCUUGACACCGCUACACCUGGAAAUUGAUCCCGCCUUCCAGGCAAUCAGGAACAAGGAGAAAGAGGAGAUCAAGACACUCAAUAACCAAUUUGCCUCCUUAAUUGGGAAGGUCCAGAAUCUGGAGCAGCACAACCAAGUCUUGCUCACCAGAUGGAACUUUUUGAGAGAACAAGACAAUUCCCUUUCUGAUUUGGACAUCAAACUCCUCUACGACCAGUACAUGAACAGACUGCGGCUCGAGAUCCGCUCUAUCGAUAAUGAGAAGGAACAGCUAGAUGCAGAACUUGAUGAAGUGUUGGAUGCCAUGGAUAAUGUUCGGAACAGCUAUGAGGAAGAAAUAAACAAACGUACUGGGAUGGAAUUCACCUUCACGGCUCUGAAAAAGGAUCUGGACAAUGGCUUCUUACACAAAACUGAACUGGAAGCAAAGCUGAGUGGACUUCAUGCUUGGGUGGAGUUAAUGAAAAACAUCCAAGAACAGGAACUUGAAGAAGUGAUGUCACAGGUUAAGGAUGUUUCAGUUGUGCUGGGGAUCGACAACAACAGAUACAAUCCUGAUCCACACAGGAUUGUGGAGGAUGUGAGAGCUCAAUACGAAGCCCUGGCUAUAAGAAGCUGGGAAGAAUUAGAAGCACUCACCAGAAGCAAGCUGAAUGAAAGAGAGGUACUUUCAGUUAAGUAUGGGGACCAUCUUCUUCAUGACCGGAGGGCGAUUGCAGAGUUAAAUAUACAGAUCCAGAAAAUGAGGUCUUGCAUUUUGUCCUUAAAAAGUCAGUGUCUGCGUCUGGAGGACAACAUCAAAGAUGUUGGCUUGCAAGGAGAAACUGCCCUCAAUGAUGCCAAAGCAAAACUGGCCAAACUGGAGGAAGCCCUUCAUAAUGCUAAGCAAGACUUGGCUCAGCUGGUUAAGCAAUAUCAAGAGCUGAUGAACAUCAAACUGGCCUUGGACAUUGAGAUUCUCACCUAUAGGAAGUUGAUGGAAGGUGAAGAGAUCAGCAUGGAGUCCCCACCACCUGCUGUUAUUAGCAGAAUCUACUCUACUCCAAAGCUCUCUUCACCAAAUUUUUGCAGCACAACCAGCUCAUAUUUGGCAACCAGAGCAAGAGAAGAUUCACCAGACAAGAUGAGCCACAGUAGAACCAGUUUGCAAAGUGGACUAUCCAGAAGUCAGAGUGGUGGAACUGGGGUAGUUUCAGGAGGUGAUUUGUCUAAAAGCCAUAGCAGUAGAAGUGCAGGUACAGCAGAUGGUAGCCUUUCUAGAAGCCAUAGCAGUAUGAGUAGCAGUGUCUCAGAGGCUUUUAGAAGCACCAGCCACAGAGGUACCUUGGAGAGUGGUUCUUCCAGAGGCACUAGCAAUAAAAGUGGAAAUUUUGCAGAUAUCGAAGACACCACAGAGAGCAGUGUUUCUAGAAGUCAUAGCCAUGGGAGUGGUAGUCACAGAACUCAUAGCAACAAGAGUGGGGAUAAUCCAGAAGACAGGCCUUCUAUGAGCCCAAGUAGUGGAAAUAGAGGCAUCUCAGAGAGUUGCCUUUCUAGAAGCCAAAGCAACAGAAGUGGUGGUCUGACUGACAGUGUAUUUGCCAGAACUGACAGUGGUACAAGUGAUGGUGCACAAGAGAGCAACUAUUCAAGGAGCCAAAGCCACAGAAGUGUAGGACUUUCACCCUCUGGUUUUUCCAGAAUCCAAAGUGGAGAAAGUAAUAUUGUUUCUGGAACUACCCAUGCUGGAGACCUCAGCUCUGGAAACAGCAAUGUUCCAAAGGGCAAUGCUUCUAGGAGCCAAAGCAGCAGAAGCAGAGACAAAUCAGACAGCAGCCUUUCUAGAAUUCACAGUGGUGGAAGUGAAGCUAUCUCAGAGGGAAGUUUUUUGGGAAGCAAUAGUGGUAGCAGUACAUCCUAUGUAGAAGGUGGUCUUUCUAGAAGCCAGAGUGAAGAAAAAGACUUUCAUGUCAGCCAUGGCAGUGAUAGUUAUGUUGACCCUGCUGCUUCCAAAACCAGAAAUGCUGAAGAAGCUGGAGUGCUGGUGGAUGACAUUUCCAGAAAUCGGAGUGGGACAAGCACAGACAUCUCAGGGGGCAGCCUUUCUAGAAGCCAGAGUGAUGAAAAUGAAAUUCAUGGCAGUGAAGAUUAUGUUGAGCCUACUGUUUCCAGAUCCAGAAGUGCUGAAGAUGGUGGAGUCCCAGUGGGUGGCAUUUCUAGACAUCAAUGUGGGAUAAGCAGGGACAUGUCUACAGAGAGACACCUUUCUAGAAGCCAAAGUGAUAAAAAUAAGUUUCGUGCCAACCGUAGCAGUGGAUCAUAUACUGACUCUGUUGUUUCCCAAGCCAGAAGUGCCGAAGAUGGUGGUGUUCCAGUGGGUGGCAUUUCUAGAAGUGAUAGGUCAGUAGAAGGCAGCCUUUCUAGAUGUCAGAGUGGUGAAAAUAAAUUUUGUGGCACUGAGCCUGUUGUUUCCAGAGCCAGUAGUACUGAAGGUGUUUCUAGAAUUCAUAGCAGUGGAAGUAGGGGUGCCUCACAAGGGAGCAGUUUUAGGACACCGAGCAUCAGAAGUGCAGACCUAACAGACAGUGUCUUUAUGAGAACUUCAAGCAAUGCUGAGCAAGAGAUUCAAGAGGAACCAAGAUCAAGAAUUCACAGUGCGGCAAGAGAAAGUAGUGAGAGUAGCUUUUCUAGAAGCCAAAGCAAUAGAAGCAGAAACUUUGCAGAAAGUGUUUUAGCUAGAACUCACAGUGGUAGAAGUGAAGGUGGCCUUUCUAAAAGCCCAAAUGAUGACAGUCAAGGCUUUGUAGAAGCUACAGCUCCUAGAAGUCAUAGUCAUGGAAGUGGAGGAUUUGCAAAAUUAUCUGUUUCCACAACCUCUAAUAAGGAAAGCAGAAGAGUCUCAGAGAGUGCCCUGUCCAGAAGUCCCAGUGCUGGAAGUAAAGACAUCUCAGAAGACAGUCUUUCCAGAAGCCAAAGCAGCAGAAGUGGAGGAUUUCUAAGAGGCAAUAGCAAUAAAAGCAAAGAAAGUGAUAGCAAUGUAAGUGGAAGAUAUGUAGAUGAAAAAGGUCAUAGAGAGGCAGAUGUUCUAAAGUCUUGUAUUUCCAGAAGUAGAGGUACAUCAGCAGGAUGCGUCUCUAGGAUGCAGAGUGAUGAGAGUGAAGGCCCUGUGGAAACAUCUACUCCUAUUUCCCUCCACAAAAGAAAUGAAGGCACUAUGGAACACAGCCUUUCUAGAAGCCACAGUGAAGACAGCGAGAGCUUUAAAGCCACUGGGGUCUCUAGAAGUGCCAGUGAAAUAAGCAAAGUUGCUUCAGAGGUUAGUCCUUCUAGAAGCAGUAGCAAAGAUAAUGAAAGUUCCCCAGAGGGCUUACUUUCUAGAAACUAUAGCUAUAGAUGUGCAGUUGAGUCACACCCUUGUAUUUCUAGAACAGAAAGUGAUAUAUCUGAAGCUGGGGGAACCAUUUCAGAUGCUGGUCUCUCAACAAGCUAUAGUAGCAGCAGUGGAGAGGCUUCCAUUAACAAUCCAUAUGUAAGCUACAGUGAAGAACAAGAGGGCAAUUGUCAAUAUGAGGAUGUCUCACAUUUGCACACUGCUACGGAUGAAGAUGUUUUGGAGAGUGUUGAAACUGGAGAUUUAGCGAAGGGAAGCCAGAGUGGUGAGACAGCAACUCCAAAGCCUGUCUGCAUGGUCUAUGAGUUUUCUUCAGAUGAGGAUCACCAUCCUCCAUCUGGUGAACUAUGCUAUUAUGUUGAAACCAGCUCCAUGGAGUAGGUGUCCCAUGUAUACAUUAAUGGGAUCAAAAUAACUUCUAUAAUUUCCCUCUCCAUCCAUUGGCUCAUAGACCAUAGAUGGGUGUCCACAUUCAACCUUCGAUUAGCAAGGUUAACAGUUGGAAGCAAGAUUUUUUUACAGAUUUGGAUAUGGCAGUGGAACCUUCUUUGUCAUGAUUUGUGGGUUCAAGCACAGAGGACUACUUCAGCCUUUCUGAUAGUAUACUCUAUGGUAGUGAAUACAAAUAGUGUAACUAUUGGUAUGUUACAGGGAUUAAUUGAAAGAAAACACAAGCUAACAGCAUAGUCUUUUGACCAGUAUUAUAAAAAGCACCUUUUUCUUCUUAAACAACUUCUUUUAUCCAGUCUUUUCAUAUGCAGAUAAUUCAGGGCUUUCUUUUUAGGAAAAAUAAGUGGUAUGAUGCUCUGCAAGGGAUUCUUUUUGUGGGAUGAAUUAAUAAGUGUAUCAUUUUGCCUGUC